AUGCCAUGCAGGCCCUCACUGAGGCCUGCUCCCAUUGAACAGUGUCUCUGGCUUACCGACGAGGUCAUUACCGAAGCAUGGCACCGCUUCCUACGCGUUUCCAGUGCGCACCGCACAGCGGACCGCCGCUAUGGGAGCAACGUACCUGGUCCACUCGAGGCUCAUCGAAGACUGUCCAAGCGGAGAAUCGGAAUGAGUGCUGCUGGUGCUGGUGUAGCAGCGGGCGGAGCUGAUUUUGGCGCUCUUUUUGGCUUUGGAGGCUAUGGAGGGAGGCAGUUUGACCCAGCAAGAGAUCUGAAAUGGAAGCCACCCGGCGCAGAGAAGGCCAAGAAAGAUGAGCAUUGGAUGUUUCCGAAAAGUGUGAAAAGGAAAGAAGACAUUUUCGGACAGUUUCUGGCCGUUGAAGAGAAUGUUGAUGCUGUGGAUGUGAGCAGAGUUGCUUUUGACGAGCUGUUGAAGGAAGCACAGUCAGACAUCGUGGAAGUGAAGGACCUGAGCCGAGUGAUGGACUUUCUGCAGAGCACGGGCGAUGAACCCGAAGCCAACAACAUUCUACGACUUUGCGAAUGGAUGCUCGACAAAGAAGUGAGCAAGGAAGCCAAAGUAGCGAUUGCCCACCUUAUCGCAGACAAGGUCCGACUGCGAACUCUUCGCGAUGAAUACCUGCCGGACAUUCUUACAUCUCUGAUGAGCUCCGCGAAGAGAGAUUCGCCGUCCAUCACUCGCAUACUCGAUGCCAUGAAACAUGAGACAUUGCAGAACAUAUCCGGCACUGUGGCCAGAAGCCUGUGCGAGAAAUCAGACCUAUACGCCGGACCUUCGAAGAACCUCAUGAAUUGGCUAUACUGUCUGCGUCGCUCUUCAUCGUUCCGAUGCGCGAAUAUUGUCGACUCUUGGCGCAAUGUCCAUGAAGUGCUGGCUUACUACUUUCCGGAUCCUGCCCUGCUGGCUGGUCACCUUUGCAUCUUCAACGCUCGAGCUGGAAAUCUAUGCGAGAUGCUGCUUCGGCAUUGGAUCCCUAGAUUGCCGUCACAGACAUCUGGAAAUCGUACAGAUUUCCGAGGUAGCAAACACUACCACUUCAGUCAUCAAGAACCGGAUCUCGAUGCCAUAAGGGAAGAAUAUCUCCACUUCCGUUCGGCGAAAGCAAAGACCAGAGCUGGGAGGGCUCGCCAGUGGUCGGCUGAGAUCGCGCUUCUUCAUGCAUUGCAGAGCAAUGGCAUUGCCUACGCCAGUCUCGCCAUCUCCAUGUUUACCAUCUUGAUGCGUGACUGCGGUGCACCAACACUGUUCUAUCGUUUCCGUGAGCUGCAGAGACAUCCAACACUCGGAGUGCCAACGGGACUCUCAGCUCCACUCGUGCGACAUUUUUUCCGGAGCAAGAGCAAAGCGGGUUUGGCCUUUGCCUUGCGAGUGUUCAAAGCUUCGCCGCGAUUGUCUCUGCACGACUUUCCGGACCUGCUUCUGCGCUGUGCAGCAGCGGACAAAUUCAGCGCGUCCACCUUCUGGCACAUCCUGCACCGAGAGACUCAUGGCGAUGCUCUUGCUCGCGAGCAGCGUGCCGAGCUCAUCGAAGUUGCUGCUCUCAAAAUAGCCACAUCUCCUGCUGUCGCCCCUCGCGCUGCAUAUCGCAGGGUCUGGGAGAUCUACAAAUAUCUCAGGCAUCGUGAUAUGCCGAUCACUCCGGUCAUGGCGAAGGCCUUCGUUGUUGCGGGCAUUAUGCGCUCACUGGAGGAAUAUCAGCGACCACCAACAGCACGAGUGAAAUAUAUUCUGCACGUAGUAGAGCGCAUCGAGGGCGCUCAAGUCGCGGAGAAGCUCGACCAAGCCGUGUGGGCACUGUGGAAAGGGAAAGUGUUAUCGGUGUUCAAGGAAAGAUGGCGAAUGAUGGUGGCAAAAGCUCGAGAAGGCGUCCAGAGCGCUAUUGGGGACACUGGCAAGAAGCACAGUGUGAAGUACAAACAAGGCCUUUGGAUCAAGCCCCAAAACAGGGCUAGAGUUAUGCAAACGCUCCGGAAAAAGAGGGUUAUGGCCACUCAUGGGAAGUGGCAGGACAUGAGAAUGAGCUCGCUGAACACUGUUGCUCCGACAACACCGUUCACGCCGCUCGAGGGUGUCGACAUUGAUAUGCCGAAGGUUGCGGAGAUCCAAUCUCCGGCACCUUCAUACAGUAAGACGUCUGUGGUGGAUUCAGGCCCUCGCACAGAUGUACCGCUUUCUGCAUGCGAGUCAAAGGGAGCUGUCCCGCCAACAAUCGCAUUCUCGCCACUCGAGGCUAUCGAGAUCAAUAUGCCGGAGAUCGCAGACCCGAUAUCCCCGUCCUCCGCAUGCAGCAAGACAUCUGCGAAGGCAUAUAGCCCUGCCCCGACAGCAGAACCGCCUGCCACACUCGAGUCGACGGGAAAUGGCAUCAAAAUGCUACCAGCUAUUCCUCUCCAGAUAUCCAAAAACGCUCUAGGGUAUGGCGCAUCGCAGCCAACGAAAGAGUACCCUGAAAGCAACUACUCCACAAAAUCAGGACCACACGAUUCACCUUCGACUUCACCGCUCCAGGCAGUGCCCACUGGUUCACCUUCAACCACCGCUUCACCUCUCCCAACCAUCGACUUGGUCGCCCUAAAGCGUGAAGCCCUCCAACACGGCAACGUAGCCCACUGCCCCAGCACGAACAAAUAUUUCGUUCUAGCUGCACCUCUCAGAUCUGACUCUCGAAGUGGAGAAGCGGAGGAAGAUGGAGAACUCAUCGAGCUCGAAAUCGCGGCGGCACUCGUCAAAAAGCAGUACGAAGCCGCCAAAGUGGAGGGAAGACUUCCGACAGAAGAAGAACAUUUUUUCAAGCAAAAUGUCAGGAGAGCUACGAGGUUGACAAAACCAGAGAAAGGCCGAAGGAGAAAUCUACGGAGAUGGGAGAGAAGAAAGCAAGAGAGGGAGGCCGUCACUGCACAGGAGCAUACUGCUGCGUGA